UUGACGAGUCUCAAUUUAUAUUAUUAUCCUGUUUCUUCCGUGAUGCAAUUGAUUAAAUCUAAGUGUCCAAAUCUCAAUGCACUUUUAUUAAGAUUUAAAGAAGUGGAAAGUAAAGAUUUUGAUGAUGUUUUUUCGAACAUGAGUCAUCUUGAAACAUUAAUAAUUAAUUGGCCACGUAAAAACUUAACUUUCCCAAUGACUUUGAUCAAGUCAUUAGAACAAGUUUGUGAAACCUUAAAAACGUUUUUCAUUUUAUGCGAAGGUGAAAGAUCUUGGCUUUCUGACAGAACAUUUACAUUCGAUUCUUUGGUAUUAGCUCCAGAAACUGAAGCUUUAAUGGAUGUAAUUGGUAAUAUGAAAAAUCUCGAGUGUGCAAGAAUCUCAUUGGAUUAUGGUUUUACAGAUGAAUUACUCGUGAAACUUACUAAUAAUUGUAAAAAUUUGAUAUCUUUAAAAGUCCGUAGUCCAAAUAUAACGGAUAAAGGUUUAAUUGCAGUUAAUAAUUUGAAACAAUUAGAAUAUUUUUCCCUUGAUUUAAUGGGAGCAAAUAUAGAAAAUAAUUUCAUCACUGAUCGCUCAGUGAUCGAACUCGUUAAAAAUUUACCGAAUUUACGAACUCUCGAUAUUAGAAAUACAAAAGCAACUAUUGAAGUUGUCGAAGAAAUUGCUCAACUAACAGAAGACAAAUUGCUAUAUAUAUUACCAUCUGAAAAUAGAAGAACAACAAUGGAAUCAUUUCCAACAUCAUUAUAA